AUGUAAUAAUUACUGGCAUGUUGUUGCCCCUGGUUUUAUAAAACUAAAAACGAAGAGUAAAAUUUAGAUUAAAAUAAUAAUUAAAAUAACGAAUUUAAUGAUUAAAGGAAUAUAAAAACUAAAAAAGAAAAUAAUCAAGCAAUAUAAGAUAAUUCAGAUUUAAAAAGGAGCUAAUAUAAUUAGAAAAAUAAUAUUUACCCCUAAAUGUCAAAUAAUAAUUAAUAAUUUAAUAAUAGGAUUGUUUAUAAAUAAGAACUUAAAAAUACUAACUAUAAUAAUAAUAACAAAGAUUUAAAAGAUUUAGAUAAUAAACCAAAUGGAAUGGAAGAUAAAUAAAAAAGUUUUAAUAAAAAGGAAAAUAAUUCAUAAAAUAGUAAAAACUAAAAAAAUCAAAAAUUUGUAAAAGAGAAUGACAAACAAAUAUAAGAAAGAUAUAAUUACUCAAAUUAAGAUAAAAAUAAUAAUCAAAAUGAAAACAGAAUAUAAUAAAUAAAUUCUUACUCCUAAAAGAAACAAAUUAAUAAGAAGCUUUAAAUUUCAGAUUAGGAUAGAUUUAAUAUCUAAGAAUAGGAUUUAAAUCGCAAUAAAUAAGAUUAAAAAUUUUAAGACAAAAAUAGAGAAAUUUAAACUUAUUAUGGCAUAUAAAAUCUAGGGAACACCUGCUAUAUCAAUUCUGCCCUCCAAAUGCUGAGAUAGAUUUAUGAAGAAAAUGAGUAGUUUUUGGAGUAAAGAUCUUAUUUUGCCUAAAAUUUAAAAGAAUUCUUUUAAGGUCUUAGUAAAGGUUAUGUUAACAGAUAGUUAUUAAAUGACUUUAUCAGUAUUUCAAAUUAAAAGUAAACUCAUGAGUAAAAAGGAGGAGAUUCUUAUUUGACUGCCUUUAAUUAUCUCUCUAAAAUUAUAAAUGAGACGAAUGAAUACAAAUAAAAUAAUAUUAAUGAGUAUAAACUAACACAAUUUUAACAAAUAUUUACAAUAAUAUUUUAAGAUGGCUUAUAUUGUAAAAAAUGUAAAAAAUAUUUGAUGGAUUCUACAGAUAUUCCAUAUAUGAAUGAACCUGAUUCAAGCUUAGAUUUGCAAAAUUUUCCUAAAUAUAGAAUAGAGUCAGUUUAUAAGAGAAUUUAUACACAACAAUCUUACUGUAAUCAAUGCAAUUAAAAAUCUAAAUUGAAAACUUUAAGAAGUAUUGCUUUCUUUCCUUAAUUUCUGAUAGUAAAGCUGCCUAAAUCAUCAUUCAAGCUUGGGAAAAAGUAAUAAAGAAUUAAAUUUGAUAAAAUAAGUUAUUAAUUAAUAGGGUAUUGUAAUUACGAUGGUGUUCAUUAUACUUAUACAGCUAAAUAAAAUAAUAUUUGGAUAACUUAUAAUGAUUCAAUAACUUAUUAAGUAUAUAAAUUAAAUUUAAGGUACUCAAUAUAUCAACUUUACAAAAAAAUGUGA